AUGAGGCGUUGGGCGAUAAAAAAAAUCCUCGCCAUACUUGUUCUGGUUGCGUUGCUAUCAUUCUUCGCAGCCUCUGAUCUCUGGAAUGCACUUUUUCCUGAGAAUGUCUCGAUUUAUGGACCGGCACCACUUGCCCUCACAAAAAAUGGGACCUAUGCCGGAAUGCGAAAUGAUUAUCUUGCUCAGGAUCUUUUCCUUGGAAUGCCUUACGCCUUACCACCAGUUGGCGAUCUUCGCUUUGACAUACCCCAUGCCCUUAACCAGUCUUGGAAUCAUCGGAAAGAAGCUAAAGCCUAUGGGCCUCACUGUUUGACAUAUGGUGUAAGCGUACCGUCCGCUCUAGGUAGACAAAAUCAUCAUUUCUGA